UUAACCGCUGGAGUAACUUUUUAUGUUUUAGGAAUAGCCCGCUCUUCGGAAGUAGAAUUCACUAUAUGCUCGCGUUAUUUAAUAGAUAUCAGCACCUUAGAAACUGUUUCCUUGCCGGUUAUUGCAUUGCUGCCUUCGUCCGUAAUUGUAUGUUUUUCUAUUCUUGCAAUGAUGCACUAGUGGCAAGACGUCGCUUUAUCAACGCCCCCAAAGGCAGUGGCUUGCGGCAACACACCGGGAGCUCUCGCCGGCAUAUCGUGCUUCAUUCGACCUUCGACGACGAGAUACUCCAGCCAGAAAUAAACUUUCAAAAUGUUUUCGCUCAUUCGUGCUGAGACCAUGCUCUGAGGGUGGUCUGGAAGACGCCGGUGUUAUCGAAAAACAAGAAACAACCUUCUUAUUCACCUGGAAACCGUCCGAAAACUACCACCUCGUGAUUCCUGCCCUCGUCGGCGUGGCAGACCAUAUCUGCGUGCCUCCGCACUGAGGCCUGCGUAUACGGCUUCAUUCUGCGCGCCGCCUCCCAGGGCGCUGCGCAGAGCGGCAAUCGGACGGCAAGCUUUCCGCAGACGGCAAGCGGAAAAACAGUUUUUCCCGGUGACCUAUACGGCGCCUGCGCUUGUUAAUGGCCUGGAAGGGCGCAUACAGAGGACCAUCCCGGCACCGACUUCACUUCUGAGCAGCAGCUGCAACUGAAGAGGGCGUAUUCUAAGCAUCUGCUAUAUCUACUGCAGGAAUGUCAUUCCCACCGGCGCCGCUGCUGCAACAGCUGGCAGUCCUCCUGCUUGCGGCAACGGCAUCGACUGGUGCGGUGAUCUCUCCGCCCACCCUGGUGAAGCAACCAGCGCACGAGCAACUCUUUCAAGUGGCCCAAUACCCGGAUGAGACGGAGAGGCCCUUCGUCCUGGAGUGCGAGGCCACCGGAGAACCCGAGCCCACUUACAAAUGGACGAAGAACGGCGAAAGGUUCGACCACGUUUCGCAAGAUGACCGCAUUUCACAGCAGCCCCGCCGCGGCUCUCUCGUCUUCAGCAGCCCCAACGAUGCGGACGAAGGGCUGUACCAGUGCCUCGCCACCAACUCGCACGGCACGGCGGUGUCCAACGCCGUCUCACUUCGCAAGUCCGAGCUCGGGAAGUUCACCGAGGAGCCACUGAAAGAAGUGCGCGUCCGAGAGGGCGACCCGCUGACCCUGCGCUGCAGCCCUCCAACGGGAUACCCGCGGCCAAAGAUUUUCUGGCUUAUCCAGCACGCGAACGGGGCUCUUCGAACGCUCAAUUCAUCCCGCAUGACCGUGGAUCCCGAGGGUGCUUUGCACUUCUCGAACGUCGAGAUUGAAGACGCGAUACCAGAUGCCGUCUACGCCUGCAGCGCGACCUCACUCUUCCGACGCGAGUAUAGGCUGGGCAACAAGAUCCUGCUGAAGGUGGAGUCAAGGCCAGGAACUGGGAAACCAGGGCAAUCGCCCAUUAAGCAGUACGUGUCGCCCACCGAAAUCGUAGCACUGAGGGGCCGCCAGCUCGAACUUUACUGUAUAUAUAGUGGCACACCAGUGCCGCAGAUUUUGUGGAAGAAGCAGGGAGGGGAUCUGUCGUCGGAACGCGUAUCCUAUUCCAACCACGGUAGGACGCUGCAACUCCGCUCGAUAAGCUUCGAGGACGAAGGCACCUACGAGUGCGAAGCCAGCAACGGAGUAGGCGUGGUCCACACGCACGCCAUGCAAGUCAAGGUGGAGGCAGAACCAUUAUGGUUGCAAGCGCCGAACGACGCUAUCGCAGCUGAAGGAGGGAGCGCCACCUUCAAUUGUUCGGCAUUGGGCGUGCCGGAGCCCGAGCUGCGGUGGUUUAUGAACGGCGUACCCAUCGAGGUGACGGAGCGCAACAACCAUAUUAGACACGCUAUCGAUGGAUUAUCGCUCAUUAUCGAGCAGCUUACAAAGACUGACACAGCUGUCUACCAGUGCAAUGCCUCCAACGUCCACGGAUAUGCCUUUCGUAACUUCUUCCUCAACGUUGUCGAAAUUCCGCUCAUCGAAGAACCUCCUGAACCGCUGACGCUCGGUGUGGUGAUGUCGAAGGCGACGAUGCGGUGUCGUGUUUCAAAAGAUCCGCGACCCGAAGUGAAGUGGAUGAAAGAAUCGCAGGAGCUGACCGGAGACCGCUACCGCAUCCUCGACUCCGGAGACCUGCAGAUUGAUGGCCUCAGAUUCACGGAUCAAGGGGAAUACACGUGCUACGCCAGCCACAAAUCUCGUGUUGCUGCGGCCUCUGGAUCGCUAGAGGUCAAGCACAAGACGCGCAUUACCCAGCCACCACAAGGCUACGAGGUGGCCGCUGGCAAAGCCGCGACCUUCCGUUGCAACGCCGUAGCGGAUCCAAGUCUGAGGCUGUCUCUCGGAUGGUUGUUCAAUGACCAGCCUGUGGACCUUGAGACCGACCCACGCGUGGUUCAACUGAAUGACAACUCGCUGGUUAUCACACGAACCACCGAGCUCGACUCGGGUGUCUAUACUUGUGUGGCACGCACCGAAGUCGAUAGUGACCGCGCAAUGGCUACACUUAUUGUUCAGGAUGUUCCCAAUCCGCCACAGGUGCUUCAAGUCGAGUGCCACAAUCGUGAUGUUCUUCUGGAAUGGAAGCCCACCGGCGAUAACCGGGCCCCUAUUUUGCAAUAUUCCAUUCAAUAUAACACCUCCUUCAACCCUGACGUGUGGGAAGAUGCCUUUGUCCACAUACCUCCCAUUGAUAACAAGUUCAGGGUGUCCGUGUCUCCUUGGGCAAACUACUCCUUUCGUGUAGUCGCUCGCAACAAAGUCGGGACCUCACUGCCUUCACAAGCAUCAACGACAUGCACGACUCCUGAAGACGCACCGUACAAGAACCCCGAGCAUGUCAUGGGACGCGGGGAACGCUUCGACAACCUGGUCGUCACCUGGACACCCAUGCCCCCCAUAGAGCACAAUGCGCCGGGAUUCUUCUACAAGAUACUCUGGAGGCGCCACGACAUCCCCGGCGCCACGUGGAAUGAACGCAUCAUCGAGGACUGGAAGCAGAACCGACUCGUCGUCCCCGAUCAACCUACGUUCAAGCCAUACCGCAUCAAGGUUGAGGCCUACAACCGGCACGGCCAAGCAAUCACUGUCCCCAUGGAAGUCAUCGGAUAUUCGGGCGAGAAUGUGCCGUUGGCUGCGCCCCAUGACUUCAGUCUGACGGAAAUCAUCGGCCCCCGCACCGCCAAGUUUACUUGGAGCCCCGUGAGCUCCGAGUCUGUGCGGGGUCAAUUUCGCGGCUACAAAAUCCAAACGUGGACGCCCGUCGAGGGGAUGGAAAGGCUGCGGGAGAUGGUAAUUCCGGCCAACGAGAAUGCUGCCAUUGUCAGCCUGUUCCGGCCCUUUUCACACAACGUAGUCCGCAUCUUGGCGUUCAACAACAUGUACAACGGGCCGCCAUCGGACACCAUCGAGUUCACGACACCGGAGGACGUUCCGGGGCCAGUAGCUUCGUUCGAGGGCAUACCUAUUGGGUCAACAGCCGUGUACCUCACGUGGAAGCCGCCCUUGGAGCCCAACGGCUUACUUACGGGCUACCGCAUCUACUACGAAGAGGCACGCGGCAGCAUGCUGGGACCCAAGACCGAACGUCGGCCGCCUGUGAGCGACCCGCAGAAGUUGCGUGCCAAGCUCGCGGGUCUCAAGCCGCGCUCCAAAUACCGCAUCACUAUUCAAGCGUCGACGUAUGCGGGCCAAGGAAAGCCAUACUUCAUCGAGCUGAGAACACCGGAUGAGUCCGAGAACCUCCCUGACGCAGCCGACUUCAUCUGGGUCUACGUGCCAGACGACGAAGACCAACGCGCAAAUGUGCGGGUGACAUGGCUGCCGCCCGUGACCGGACACCCUGGCAGCGACUUCUACGUCCAGUACCGCCGCAAGGGUGACCAGGCGUGGGAGAACACUACGGUUGCGGAGAAUGAAGACAGCAUCCUGGUUAUGGGACUGGACAAACACGCCUUCUACGAAGUGCGCAUCGUUGUCAUCGAUGGCAAGUACCAGAAGCAUUCGCAGAUCGAGGAGGUGUGGACAGGAACUCUCGAUGUCCCCAAUCCUCCGGAGAUACUUCGCGUGGAAUGCGAAGCGGUCACGGCUCUCGUAGAGUGGACACCCCGAGGCGCCAACCAGGCGUCCAUCCUGUCGUACUCAGUCCAGUACAGUGCCACUCCGAACUCGUGGGAGGACAUCGCUCCGGAGAUUCCUGCGUCGGACACCAGUUUUCGGCUGGCGCUGAGUCCUGGGGCCAACUACACUUUCCGGGUGGUGGCUCGCAAUAAGGUCGGACCUUCGGCACCCUCUGAGCCAUCGGCGACGACGUGCGUGACCCCCGAAAGCGUGCCAUUCAAGAAUCCUGAUUCCGUCACAGGCCGGUGGAACGUUUUCGAUGACCUCGUCGUAUCUUGGAUGCCCAUGGCACCCAUCGAUCACAAUGCACCGGGAUUCUUCUACAGGGUGUCCUGGAAGCAGCACGACCUUCCCGAUGCCGCAUGGAGCUCGCAUGACGUCAAAGACUGGACGCAGGACAGGCACGUCCUGCGUGGCCUGCCCAGGUCUUCGCCCUACAGCGUCCGCGUGGAGGCACACAACCGGCUUGGUCAGGCGAACGUCUUGGCCAGAGAAAUUGUAGUUCCGAAGAAUGAGAAAGCGAAGCUCGUGGAUAUUAUGGAUGCGCUUCUUGCGUACUUUUAAGGGGCAUUCAGAAGCACAUCGUAAAUGCAUGCAUCGUUUCUUUGCAUGGUGAGGUGCCGUACACGCUCAUCUUUACUGCAUCCAUCAAGUUCUUUGUAUUUUGAGUGAGAUCCCCCGGUGUAGGGUAGCCAACCGGACGUUAUUCUGGUUAACCUCCCUGCCUUCUACUUUUUUCUUUCCUCCUCCUCCCGAGUGGUCACUCUCGCCCUGUCCCCACAUUCUAACAUUCGCUUAAUUUGCACAUCGUUUGUGUGCUGAGCGAUAAGAAAUAAAUGUGUGGGAUAAGGUUUACUGUAUUCCUUCAAUUUCCCAAUUACGGUCAGUUGCUCAUAGCUGAUGAUGCUCAAAUAUGCCACAUGGAAAGUCGAAGCUGCCUGGCAAAGGCAACGAAUUUCUAGAAGGAAGUAAAUUAAACGAACUUUACGAGCUAUUUAAUCUUUGGUGCACAGACGGCUGUCAUAUUAGGUGUUGGAUUGUUAGUCGGAGCACUUUCAUAUUACUCCGUUCAUAUACGUCAUGUUAGGGUGCAAUAAUUGGUCAAAACAGCAAUAAUGUUUGUUGAUGUCUCCUGCAUAAACAACAAAAGAGCACUAACAGCAUAGUUUAUUUUUUUAGCUUUCCCUGCUCUGAAAUAACAGU